AUGUAUUUUCCUAUGGCGUUGCCAACAUCAUUUCAAUACUUCUCCCGAUUCGGACAGUGCAGUUUCCUUGAUAUCGACGAAGACGAGCUGGACACUUCGAGCCUCCAUACACGAACCGUCAAACCUGCUGCACGAGAGAAUCUGAUCAAUCGACACAGAUGGACGGCAUCGACAUUUGACACCAACAUCGAUGCAACUACCCUUUUGUCGGACAUCGGCCAUCUAGCACCUUCACUCAUAAAAGAAUUUAUCCCCAAGGACCACGUAGAGAAUACCUUUCCCUUUCGGUUGAUCAACGACAUCGAUUUCCACGGCGAGGAAGAAGGAUACAUCGCACUCAGCUACUGCAGAAAACAACUCACCUUGAACGCACCAAGAAGAGUCGUUACACCAGUAGGAGAUCUUCCUUUUGGAUGGCAGAAGGAAGUCGAGCAGUUCCCGCUACCGACUAGCGCUGCACUAUUUGAGGCUGUCAUCAAAGAAAGGAACAAGGGUGAGGGACUGUGGUUCGACCAAGUGUGUCUCGAACAGGAGGAUGAGAGCGAAACGACAGGAAUCGUCGGUGCCAUCGAUGUCAUCUACAAGAAUGCAAGGGCGGUUGUCGUAGCACUGGACGAUAUUGCUGUUACGCCAGAUGAGGAACAGUUCCUGCGCUACUAUGUCGAGCAAUAUAGCUACUCCCAGCUGCCUUCAGGCCAGGAACCCAAUGCAAGACUAACGCCACCUCUCAUGGAGCAGUUCAGCCCCUUGAAGACUUUUCUCGAGCGAAUCAUCGGCUCAGAUUGGUUUGAGCGCGCAUGGUGCUCGCACGAGAUGAAAAUGGGGCGAAGCCAUAUCUUCCUAGUACCUUCGAUCCGGCACUACGAAGACGAGGUUCAAACGAUCACGCGGUUUACUGGAGAUUUCUUCAUUCAUUUACUGGUUCUUGCCAGUGAGCUCGCGACGUUCACUCCGCCAGUGACGGCAAAGAUCCGCUCACUUUUGGCAUUCUUCCAGGAGCUCGAUAUGCUCAACAGACAUGGCCAAAAUGCACUACGAAGACCAGAUACCCCACACGAUCAGCCUCCUACAAUGCAAUCAUUCACUUCAUUGGUUACGGACACUUUUCGCCUGAAAGCAGGUGGCGAUCCACGACUACCCGAGUAUGUGCGGAGGCUUGACGCAAAUCGUGACAAGACCGCUAUAGCAUUGAAUGCUUCAGGUCUACCUCUAGCUCUAGCCCCUCCAGGUCCAUUCUCAAGACCGAACAUAGAAGAUGAGUGUCUCCGCUCACUACUCCUUGUCGGUAUCGCGGCGCGAGACCCCGUCGCACUUUGCACAACUGGUACGCCACUCCAACUUCACGACGGAUCAGUCUCCUGGCUAUGCCGUCCGACCCCCCUCGACACCGCCGCAGCUCGUUCCCCACCACUACACUUCUCAAGCCAAGCAGGGCAGAUUGUUCAAGCCUCGGAUGGCAGAGCAGAGUACGCGCAGCUGGAUCUUAUCUUCCUCGACCUCCCACACCGGACACAACCCAGCCCAUCCUUUCCUACACACGUCGUGCGAGCACGCAUGAUAAUCGACCUGUGUGUCCAAUACCACAUCCCCGGAUCAGGAUUAUGGAAUUUUUCCGUUGCACCCAAUCACCCACGCACACCCGCUCUGCGCAACAUCUUCAUCCAGACACUAGCCUGCGUCUUGAGUUGCGGAUCGCAAUGGCUGUUGGAAGUCUUGAACGGUCUGCAAGACGUAAACCAACCGAGACUUCUACCAUAUGAUAUCGAGAUGCUACUGAACCCUCAUCUCAUAUUACAAAACUACAUUCUACUUCCAGAAGGCCAGACGGCGUUGUCGUCGUUGGUUCACUUCCUUUCUACAUUGAUCACAUCGGGAAUACCCUGGCCGUCAGGUGCUUCGGAACGCACGCAUGGGCCUUUGAUUAUUUCUGCUCCUUCCUCGUCGUCUACAUACGACUACUCGGGCGCACCACUCCAAAGCGGUAGCGGUAAAGCCAUAAUCUUCGCUCCAUUCGAACACUCCAAGACGCUUCUCAUUGCUGUUCCGGACGUGGUUAAGGGGACGGAGUACGCUCCUCUAGCCCGAGGCUGGAUUCUAACAAGCAUGAAUCCUUUUACUGGGAGUCCAAAACCGACUGUUAGUUGGACGCUGCAGAGUAAAGGGGUUGUGUUUGGAGAUGCGGGGUUCAGUGGGAGGUUGGCGGGGUGUGGCAGGGGGGAAGUGAGGAACCAUAGGGUUUAUGGGUCAUUGAGAAGGUCAUAG